AUGUCGCGACACCUGCGAACAACAGCCCGCGCGGCGGCGGCGACAAGGCCGGCGGUCCAGCCGCGUCUGGCGGCCUCGGCGCGCUUCGCGUCGAGCUCGAGCUCGAGCCAGCCCGAGGCGUCGUCGUCGUCCUCCAAGGCCGCCGCGCCAUCUCCCCCCGCUGCAGAGGUCGCCAAGGGCAAGGCCCCCGCGGCGCCGAAGGGCAAACCCCCCGCGACCGACCCGUACGCCGUCCCCCCGCUCUCGAGACCACUGGGCACGCCAAUCCCGCCCUCAUCCGACCCGCAGACGCGCGCGCAGCGCCUGGACCAGAUGCUCGACCAGACCCGGCGCAAGGAGGAGCGCAAGGCACUGGUGAAAGAGGCCACGCAGGGAUACUUCCACGACUACCACCUCGCGCGCAAGGCCAACGGCGGCAAGCUGUGGGUCGCGCCGCCGGUGCUCAUCCGCGAGGACCGCGCCCUCUACUUCCCCGACAUCUCAGGCAAGGCGCUCACCGGCGGCACGGUACACACGACCGACCUGUUCCGCGGGCGCGUGUCGCUCGUGUCGAUUGUCAACACGCGCGUGAGCGAGGAGCAUGUGCAGAGCUUUGUUGAGCCGGUGCUCGAGGACUGGGCCGGGCAGCCGGGGUUCAACUAUGUUCAGAUCAACCACCAGCCCAAUGCCCUCAAGGGCCUGCUCAUCUCGCUCUUUGUCAGCAGCUUGAAACGCACCAUCCCCGAAGAUCGCUGGGGCUCGUACCUCAUCUCGUCGGGCGAGUGGUCCGAGUUCGACGUGUCCCGCCCGCUCGGGAUCGAGAACAAGCUCCUCGGCUACGUUUAUCUCGUCGACGAGAACGCCAAGGUCCGCUGGGCGGGCUGUGCGCAGGCCACGCCUAAAGAGACGGAGGACUUGCGGCGUGCCGCUGCGGUCCUCGUGCGCCGGCACGCUGGCGAGUCGGGCGCUGGUGCGGCGGCGCCAAAGACAGAGUAGAAGGAUACAGUUUCACAUGCAUUGCACAUC